CCCGACUUCGGUCGAGUUAGGCAAUCGCGGCCUAAGGUAGGAACCUCGAAGCCGGGACGAGCUCAGUCUUGCUGAGCUUUCCGCGGCGAUAAGACCUCAAUCUCUGUCUCUCUCGAUCAGACUCAACUUCGAGCUUCUGAUAUGGGAUGCGGUGGACCUGGCGAUGAGUUGAGGGAAGAAAUAAUUUGUGAAACAGUGACGUGAUACAUCGACGAUGAAGAUGAAGAUGUCGAGCGCGAUGCGGAUCCUCCUAGGAUGCAUCAUCUGCCUUCUGUCAGCGGCUAACGCGAGAACCGCGAUUAUGCCGCCGCCGUGGGGACCCUCGAGCAACCCCUGCGCCGCGCAACCACGAGGCUGGCAGUUGUUAUAUUGGCCGCUCGAUGGAAAAUGCUACAAGAUAUUCCAAAUCGGUGCUCCGUGUCCGGAAACCAUGGAACUGGGCCCCGCGGCAGACGGCGGCGGCACCAUCGCGGAAUGCCGAUGUCCCCCGGGAACCGCGCAAUCCCCUAGGGACGCCCUGUGCCAUCCCAUAUUCACGAGAGCGUCCUGCUCCGAGGGUCAGUUCUUCGCACCGGUGCCCGACGUGUCCAGUAAACUGGGCUCAAAACGACGAUGGGGAGUCUGUCGGGAUCCGGAACCCUGCGACGAGCGGGACGAGAUUUACUGGCCCAGGGAUGGCAAGUGCUAUCCGCGACUCAGCAGAGGUCCUUGUCCACGCGGCGAGCUUCUCGUCGCCGGCGACGACGAUCUGGCGACCUGCUCGUGCUCGACGAGCGGCGAACUGGGCAGAUACCACUGGCUGGGUAACGGCGGCGGUUGCCACGAGCACUACACCAAGGGUCCAUGCACGGAACCCGGAGAGUUGUUUCUGCCGGGUGGCACGUGCGGCUGCCAUCCUCAAUUACCUCACUACCACGAACCGAGCGGAAUGUGCUACCAACUGGGCGGAGUCGGGCCAUGCUCGCAAGGCCAUCACUUUGUGGUAACUAUGGACGCCCAGUCGUCGACGCAGGAGGGCGUCGUGCGAGCCAGAUGCGUGUGCAAAUCGGGACACGUGUUGUACAAGGACGGACAGUGCUACCGGCUGCACACUAGGGGACCCUGCGACGGCGGUUACAUGCUGAUCAACUCGUCGACCUGCGUUCCCGUGCCGUGCAAGCGCGGCAGGCUGUACUUUCCCCAGGAGAAGACCUGCUACAAGAUCGGCACCCGGGGACCGUGUCCGAACGGGCAGAUAGUGCUGUACGAUUACAACGUAAGACCGUCCCUGGACGGGAUCGGUUACAACGGCGUGUGCGGAUGCACUAGCGUCAUGAGAGACUCCGGCAAGUGCGUGGGGGUCGACGGCGACGACUGCGAGAGCGCGCCGGGCAUGGUGAUGAUCAACAAAACCUGCUACAAACUGUACACCCAGGGUCCGUGCACCGCGGGCGAGUGGCUGGUCGCGCAAAGAGUGCCAAGGAACUCUCGACCGUGGCGAGAGAGCAAGUCGCGACCUAGAGCCAGAUGCGAGUGCCGACCAGGUUACAAGAGGAUCGUCGAGAGCUCGGAAGAGGUCCUGGAGGAGCUGGAAAGCAACAGUCUGAUCUCGCUGAACGGCUGCCAGCCACCCGCGGUGAGCCUGGCGAAAUUUCUCAACGAUAACAUCAAGUCGAGGAUAUAAUUUGAGUGACUGCACUCUGUGGAACGUUCAUUAUUUAUUACAGAUUCCUUGAAGUACUCUAGAUUAAUCUUGUGCGAAAUGGAUUUCGGUUAAUCAGCUGGUUUCUUCAUAUAUUGUUAGUUUAUAUCUGCUGAAUGAAAAAUUAUAUAGUAGCUUCAAAGCUAAAUAAUGAGGACAAUUAUUGAGUUACAGUCAGUCAAACAGCUCGCAAAGCUCGAAUUUUUCAUAUUUGACUGAUUGUAAAUUAGUAACUGUUUAUUAUUUAGUUUUGAGCCUAUUAGAUUUUUUGUUCAGUCUAGAAUUCAAUCUAGGGUUUCAUAUAAAAUUAAAAAUUCCGCACUAAUCCUAUAUAAAAUUGAAUUUGUUAGUAAAAUCUGGUUUUCUCAUAUAUUGUAGCUUAUAAUCUGCUGAACAAAAAAUGUAAUAGACUCAAAGUUAAAUGAUAGACAGCCAGUCAAACACGAAAAACUCAAAUUAUGCGAGUUGUUUGAUUGGCUAGAGCUCAGAAACUGUCCAUUAUUUAGCUUUGAGAUUUAUUAUAUGUUUUGUUCUGCAGAUCAUAAGCAUAUGAAAACAUAUGAAAAAAACCAGCUAAUUUAAUCGAAAUCUAUUUUUUAUAAGAUUAGCAGGGUACUUUAAUUUUUUACCUAACGAAGAACGCGCACAAAACGCGUUCGAAACAGUUCAGUCGAAAGAAUAACGAUAGACUUAGUUUUGUACAUAUAUUACACAAUUAAUUAUUCUGUAGCUUUUUAUCUCGUCUUACAAAUCGUUGACAAAGCUUUAUUUAUUCUGUCCGUUACCUUAAGCAUUGUAAAUAUACUAACUAUGGUUUAUCGUGAUUUGUAAGACCUAGAGUUUCUCGAGAGACAUGUGCCACUUUAUUUUCUAGAAACUACUGGACGUCGUAAAUAAACGCAAAUGUACUUACUCGUUUUUAUGCUGUAAAUCGUGGAUUUGUAGUUGUAUCCCGUCUGUUUCUUGAUCUUUGUACUUCAAUUCUCGUUCCAAUGCAGCGAUCUUUUCCGUUUUCUCGUCCAAUGCCAUCUACAAAAAAAAUUGAUUUUAUAAAUGAUCAUUUUUGUAAAAUAGC